UCAACAUGGCUGUCGCGCCCAGCCGGCCUCCAUAUUGAGUGUGGCGGGUUUCCUCAUUGCUCCAAAGUACAUUUCACAGCCGAUCUUCUCCCUUCGGAGCUGUUUUUCAAGCUUAGGCCUUCUCAGCACUGCCCACCCAACUCUAGCCACCUCACGGCUGCAGGCAGCAAGGCAGGGACCUCCGAUGGCGCAGGAGAAAUGGAAGCCCACCCCACUGCCCACUCCGUGCGUCCUGGGCAUCGAUCUGGGCACCACGUCGGUGAAAGCUGUGCUGAUGGAAGAAACCAACAGGGGACCGUCCGUGAUCGCCUCCUGCACCAAGGCGGUGCAGGCCAACGUGGUCAUCCGCGACACUCAUCUGCAGGGGAACGAGCAAGAUGUCCACAAGAUCAUUGCGGCCUUGAACAGUUGUCUUGUGACCUUUGCUCCAGCUUCCGUUCAAAGAGUUCGCUGCAUUGGUGUUUCUGGGCAAAUGCACGGGGUUAUGUUUUGGGAAGGUAAAGGUUGCACGUGGACCGAGCAUGGAGGCAGGUGGACCUUUCAGCCUGACAAAGUCAGUAACUUGAUCACCUGGCAAGAUGGCCGCUGCAGCCAAGAAUUCCUGUCUUCCCUCCCUCUGCCACAGUCGCAUCUGAGCAUGGCCUCUGGGUAUGGCUGUGCCACCAUCUUCUGGUUGUUAAAGAACAGGCCAGAUUUCCUGAAGCCCUACAGCGCUGCUGGUACCAUCCAGGACUAUGUUGUGGCCAUGCUGUGUGGCCGAGAAAAGCCACAGAUGUCCGUGCAGAAUGCCGCUAGCUGGGGAUACUUCAGUACCAUAACUAAAUCCUGGAACACAGGCAUCUUGGAAGAAUCUGGCUUCCCUGUCCAUUUGCUUCCUGAAGUGGUCGAAUCCGGUGACCUUGCUGGGGAAACCUCUGUUGCAUGGCACCAGACACCGAAGUGCACCAAAGUCGGGAUAGCCCUGGGGGACUUCCAGUGUUCCGUGUAUUCUUGCAUGACUGAAAAAAGCGACGCAGUUCUCAACAUCAGUACUUCUGCUCAGUUGACCGUCUUUAUGCCUCCUGAGUUUCAGCCUGUGGAGUCUCCAGAUCCAACUUCACCUCUGGUAUAUUUCCCGUAUUUUGGCAAUCAGUAUCUGGUGUUGGCGGCCUCGCUUAACGGCGGAAAUGUGAUGGCAACGUUUGUGAACAUGGUAGUUGGAUGGAUGGCUGAACUGGGGCUUGAAGUCUCAGAAUCAGACCUCUACCGGCCAAUGAUCCAGGCCGCGCUGACCCAGGCCGACACCCACCUUGACAUUUGCCCCACCAUCUUCGGAGAAAGGCACGGGCCCACCGCUUCGGCUUCGGUGACGGGAAUCACGGCCUCCGAACUUUCCUUGGGCCACGUGGUCCGGGCCUUGUGCCGUGGGGUGGUCCGAAAUCUGCACUCCAUGCUGCCCUCCGAGAGCUUGAAGGAGGCGGGCGCAAAGCAGAUCGUGGCCAGUGGGGGCGGGCUCUGCCGGAACGAGGUGAUGAGGCUGGAAGUGGAAAAGGCUUUUGCGCUUCCGGUGGUCUAUGGAAAAGUUGCAGAUGCCGCCAUGGGGGUGGCGGCCGUGAUGCUGAAGAGGAAGUGAAGGCUUGUGAUCUUUGCGGCCACAGAGCGUGUCUUCCGCUAUCCAGACCUGCUGGGGGAAGACCCCAAUGGAAAUACUUUGGGGAGGGUGGGAAGGGACAGGGGAAGUCCGCUACCCUUUAAGAAGAAAUGACAUCCGAGUUGACGAGGGGAGAUGGCUAAAUGGGCUGGUCUCCUGCCGCGAGUGCAAAACACGGAUUCUGCCGGGGGGGACAUGGGCGUUUGGGAAGUCACCCUUUUGAGUCUCAUCUGGGAGAAAUUAAAGGGAAAAAAAAUGCUCCUGAGAAAUCUGCAGCCCCUUCCCAUCGCUUUUUGUAGCCUUGUGAGGGACUCCGAUCACCUGCUGAAUGUCUGGAUAAAGAAGGCAGCUUGCCCAUCUUUCCCACCCAAAUGAUUUCCCCGUAAUCCUCCAUGUUUGCGACUGAAAGGGACCAAAGACGUCUUCCUUAUUCCCA